CCCCGACGACUCCUCCGCCCCAUUUCUCCGGUCAUCUCGCCGCCGAAGAGCUCGCCGCGGGAGGGGAAUCUGUCCUCCUGGGAGAACCGACAUGGGCGUGGAGGUGUGCGUCAAGGCCGCCGUCGGCCACCCGGACACGCUCGGCGACUGUCCUUUCUCCCAGAGGGUGCUGCUGACUCUGGAGGAGAAGAAGGUGCCCUACGAGAUGAAGCUCGUCGACCUCCAGAACAAGCCCGACUGGUUUCUGAAGAUCAGCCCAGAGGGGAAGGUGCCUGUGUUUAACGGUGGUGAUGGCAAAUGGAUUGCUGAUUCCGAUGUGAUAACUCAAGUCAUCGAGGAGAAGUACCCAACUCCUUCUCUUGUCACCCCUCCUGAGUAUGCAUCAGUGGGAUCAAAGAUUUUCUCAUGCUUUGUGACGUUCUUGAAGAGCAAGGAUUCAAAUGAUGGUUCAGAGAAGGCACUUACUACUGAAUUGCAGGCACUUGAGGAGCAUCUGAAAGCACAUGGCCCCUUUAUCAAUGGGCAGAACAUUUCAGCUGCUGACCUUAGCCUGGCACCAAAGCUCUUCCAUCUCCAGGUUGCUUUGGAGCAUUUUAAAGGCUGGAAGAUCCCAGAAAACCUAACCAAUGUUCAUGCGUACACAGAGGCUCUGUUUAGCCGUGAAUCUUUCAUCAAGACGAAGGCAGCUAAGGAGCACCUGAUUGCUGGAUGGGAACCAAAAGUGAAUGCGUAAGAACCUGCCUAUUGUGCUUUGGUGCUAGUUGGGACACCAUGCUGUUUAUCUGAUCGGUCCUUAUCAGUGGUGGGCACAACUCUUUGUGUAGCUUGGGUGCAUGAUUGGGUUGGAAUAAUGUAGCAUCAUCUGUUGAGGACCUUUGUUAUGGUUGUUACAAGUGUGCGCUUUUUCUAUGAACUGUCUCUUGCUGGCUUUAGUCGAAACCGUGGGUCGGUUUGGCCUUGUGUUCUAAGAGAGUGCAUCUACUGUAAUGGAACCUGUGGUAGUAUAAAUAUUAUAAAUAAUGGAUAUGCAGCCUGGAGUUGUUCUUGUCUGGACCUUAUGAUCA